AUGUCAGAAGAUAGAAGAUCAAGAUGGGAUGACCCUUCAUCAUCUACUCCACCAGGUUCAGCCCCUCCCAACGCGGCAGCAGAUGCGUCUGACGCAGCAGCCAGAGCAGCAGCUAUAGCAGCCAAGAUCGCCGCAUCUCUAAGACCAGGUGUACAAGGAAACGAAUUGAUGAAACAGGAAAAGAAAGACGAAGGUGAUUUCGUAAAAGAUAUAGAAGUGAAUGAUCUGAGAAAUAGAUAUGUGUUGACAAGAGGUCCCACUCAAAAACAGAUAGAAGAAGAGACCGGUGCAUCAGUAGUGACAAAAGGAGUAUGGGUACCUGAUCGAUCAAAGAUGCCACCCGGAGAAGCACCUCUAUACCUACAUAUAGUAGCUACCAGUCAAUCGAUAUUAGAUGCUGCCGUGGCAAAAGUACAAGAAUUAAUCGAUCAGGAAUUAGGACCAUUAAUUGAUCAACGUACUCUUGUAGCUAGAAACAGAGCAAUGGGUUUACCUCCUCCUCCAGAGGCUGUACCUGCCGGUAGACAAAAAUGGCCAGAAGAGAAAUUGUAUAUUAAUUUGGAAAGUUCAAGGAAUUUCAAUGUUAGAGCUAAAACUGUUGGUCCAGGUGGUAUGUUCGUCAAAUAUAUCCAAGCGGAGACAGGUGCAAGAGUACAAAUCAAAGGACAAGGAUCAGGCUUCAUGGAGAAUGACACUGGACGAGAAUCUGAUGAUCCCAUGCACAUCAAUAUCGCCGCCCCGACAGUUGAACAAAUCGAUCGAGCCAAAGUACUCUGUAAUGAUCUUCUUGAGGUACUUCGACAGGAAUGGUCGAAAGCACAACACGCCAUGAACCAACAUCAAAAUCAAGGUGGUCCAGGAGGAGUUUAUCAACAAGGUUAUGGUACUUAUGCACCUGCCGCAGGUCAAGCGGGCGGUCAAGGUCAAGAUGCCUAUGCGGCUUACUAUGCCCAACAAAAUGGUCAGAAUGGUACCCCUGCAUCUCAACCUGCUGCUACACCCGCAGCCGGAGGUGCAACACCUGCUGAAGGCACAGAUGCCUGGGCUCAAUAUGCAGCUUACUGGGCUGCAUACGGUUAUGACGUGAAUGAUCCUCAAUUCCAAGCUUGGCAAGCUUCUCAAUAUGGUCAACAAGGUCAAACACCUCAACAACCAGGAGCAGCAACUCCCGCUCCAUAG